AUGGCUAAGCAAGAGACUGGUAAAAAUAACAAGAGAGAUCGUAGUCCAGUUGCUGAAAUGAAAAUAUGGCAGGAGGCUGUAAGAAAGGAGAAUUAGCAUCUCAAAGUAUAUGAACAUUUUACAAUCAAUCCCCAUAAAUUAUACAUAAUACAAGAGAAACCUAAUAAUAGUAUCAUGUUAUAGAAGCACCUUGAAAAAACAGGUGCAGUAUAAAAGCCAGCAUUCGAUGUUAAUUAAAUAACAGAUGAUUCACCGCCUUUAGAGAAGGACAUCAUAGAUAAAUUAAAUACCAUGAAUAGGACUCCUCGUUAGAAAUAUUAGUUUCCUUAGACUUCCAAUUAAGAAUUAGGAUGGCAUUCAGUUAAUUCUACUAGCCUUUCUCCUUCAAAAUUCACUUAUCCAAGGAAACUGUGCAAAGAAACAAAUUAUGCAAAUGACUACUUUACAAUGAAUAAAAUCAGUCCAUAUUCCAAUAAGUUUAAAUGA